CGAUUGUUUGUAAUUGUGACCAGGACCGCGUAUUUGCACACCACGGUUGCCUUGGUGAUACCAACUAAACAAACGUUUCCAUGUUUACAUGCUUAAUUUCCACCUGGCGAGUCCUUCCAGCGGUCCGGUACGAUGCAGUCGAGCGUUACCCUUCCAGUGGGUCAAUACGUGCUGUGGUCCGUGCGAGUGAAUCCUUCGAACCCUCCCCGGCAGCGGUAGUGCAGGUGAAAGUGAAAGCCCUUGCGGAAGCCCAGCGAACGUGUACCAUGCCCGAUAGGAGCGUUCGCUGAGCGAGUGCAAAAUGGUAGUUUCUGUGCGUGAACGAUUGAUCAUUCAGUAUGUGGCAAUGCUUAGGAACGUGCUGCUUUUGAUAGCUGUCUCGUGCAGUGAUCUGGCCGUCCGGGCUAGUGCGGACUUUUACAACUCGAACGAUGUGCAGCUGUACGCCACGCCCGACGACUGCCGGGCCAACGAGUACUACGAUCUGUUCGCCUUCAAGUGUGGCUUGUGUGACGACGGGCUCCAUCUGGUUCCGGCCAAAGACAAACUGUCCUGCACGUGCAACGACCAAGCCGUUGCAGUCCGUGACCAUGACAGUGUCCUUCAGCGACCCGUGUGCCAGAACGUUAGCGACUUCUUUGCCCAGUUCCCCGCCACCGAGCGGCUCGACACGGUCAACUACUGCAAAACGAUCCAGGUAGGCAUCGUCAAUACGACCAAAUCCAGCCGGAGCGUAUAUCAACGGCGCCGCACCUUUCCGCCGGGCCGCGACGAGCGUGCCGUUUGCGAGUGUGACCUAAAGGCGAACGUGCUGUACAUCGAGCCGGGCGAUGGAUGGCCGCCGGGUGAUCCGCGUGGUGCUCAUAACUUUUGCAUACCGCUGUCACUGCUGCGCGACGUGCAGCACUAUCCCGCCUUCAGCCUGAACCGAUUGCUGCACCAGAACCGGCAGAACGCGAACGUGUACAGGGAUGUGAAGUACCUAAUAGUGUUUUGUCAUGUGAUGCGAAGCGUGCGACACUGCCAGCAGCUGGCGAAUCUGUGCGUGCUCAGCUUCUACAGCCUGGAGCGCCAUUCGCCGUGUGCCAUUUUCUACACGUACCAAACGUACGACCUGGCCGCACUCGGAGCGUCGGGUGUGCCGAAUGCCGGCAGUAUGCCGAGCGUGGUCAGCGCCAGCCAAAGCUAUCUGACCGGUGAGGGUGGGGCCGGUGGUGGUGGAGGGACCCUGCCCAAGCUGGGACCCGAAACGGUCCGGCCGGGGCUGUUCUAUCGGCGCGGCAAGUACGUCAGCGAACUGUUGGAGAAAUUUCUCGACUACAGCUACGACAGCGAUGCGAACAAUCGGCUAAACAACACGCUCAAUUUCACCCUAGCAGGCUACGAUUUGUCUGGCCAUUUGCGACAGUUUCGCGAAAUGCGCUUUGCCGAUCUGAACCUUUGCGAACGGUACGACGUCAGCCAGGAGCAGCGGAUACCCUUCGGACAAAGCUAUUACCGCAAAUGUGCACUCAGCGUUAACCGACUUGUUGAGGACUUCCGGGCGGUCGAGUUCCUGUCGCUUUACGUGAGCUACUACGAGCAACGGGUGCGACUGAUGCGUUCGGUUCCCAUACUGAUCGAGAAUGCGUUUACGCAGAACACUGACCCAGAACCGGAUCGAUGGCAACUGGUGAAACGGUUUCUGCUCGUAGACACCGUGUCUGGGCUGAAUGAACUUCACAAACCGAAGCUGUAUGGAGAGAUUGAUGUAAAGAAUCAAUUCUUCUUUUUACGCUACGCGAAGAAGAUUGAGCUCGAGUUUAAGCUACAUCCGGAUCAUGGCAAACACCCAAACCGCAUCUCCAUACCGCUGGUGCGAGUGGAAUAUGCACUGCUCAACACAUCUGCGGCCGGACAGGGGGCACUCACGGGUAGUACGGUUGAGUUUGAGUUUCGAGUUACGUUCACCAAGGCAUACAGUUACGCUUCUUUGCUGGAGAUUCUGCUACCAAUAUUCAUACUGCUCGCGUUUUCAAUGAGCGUCUUUCAAUCGUACUGCUACAAACUGCGCCAAAGCAAGCAGUACUACGAUAUGGAGAUCUUUUGGAACUUCUUCAUCUAUCUGGGCUCGUACCUCGGGACGGCAUUCCUGAUCGUGCUGGGAGUUAUUGUGCUGCAUGUACUAUUCACCUACAAAACGCAAAGCACGGUACAUUUGUUACUUCCGCUCGAGGUUCAGAAUCUGGUGGAGGUGUUCAUCUACGUUGGAUUUGCUUUAAAGCUCAUAAAGUUGAUGCGUGUGUUUUUCUACAUGGCCAACGUAGACAUCUUCUUCAUUGAUUGGGAGAGGCCCAAGAUAUUCGACAUCAGCACGAUGGGGCAGCGGUUGCACCAGCUAGACACACCAUCCAUUGCAUCGAGCACGAAUACCAAACCCAGCUCGCAUGAUAGUGUGUCGGCGUGGCGAAACUACUUCAUCGCCAACGAAUGGCAGGAGCUGGCAACGAAGCGCAAGAUAUCCAUGUUUGCCCAUAUCGUCCUGCUGGCGCUUGCAUUUGUGAUAUUAGGCUUCGAAAAUUGGGCUUCCAAUGCGUUCGAUUUGCAUCUGCAUCGAAACAGCGAACAUCUAGGCGAGCGGGACAAAAUGCUCCUGAUCGCGGUUGGCAUACUAAUCUACACCACCGUGUACGUUGCCCAACGGUUGUACAAUUUUCUAAUACACGAUCGUUUCAUCGAAAAUGCCAUCCAACAGUUUAUCGAUGUGGCGUCGAUUGCAAACAUUUCCGUGUUCAUACUGAGCAUGGAAUCGUAUGGAUACUACAUCCACGGCCGAUCCCCACACGGGUUCUCCGAUACCGACAUGUGCUCGAUGAUAAUGCAGUUCAAGCGCGAGGAAGAUAAUCUGUGCGGCAAUCGUGGCCUCCUGCCCGGAUCCGAACAACAGACGUACUCCAUUCUGGUGCCAAAGAAUCUGCGCCUGUUUUACGACAAGUUGAUUACGCCGUUACGAAACUCGUCCUCGCUCGGGCCGCAUCAGCAUCUGAAUCGGCCGCAGCUGAUCGGGAGCGCCAAGAUGAGCGCUAGCGAGGUGUUUACCAGUCCGGGUGGGGGUCGGCUCGAGUACAAUUUUGAGCGGACCAUACUGACGUACUACAAUGUGAAUCGCUUCUUUGCCGCAUUUGUCGAUCAUGCUCUCAAGGAUCUUGACUAUAUUAUCCAAGAGCGCACCAUUCUGGAGAAUAUCUUAAAUUGCGAAUUCCAGAAUUACAUUACAGAAAACAAAGGUGUUUUCUACAUCGACAACGGACACUCAUUCGACCAAAUUCUGUUCAACGGCAAUGAGAGCAUUUUCUUCCAGGUCGAGUUGUUGCUGUUUUGUUGUGUCGUGCUGCUGACUGGGAACUAUUUGCUGGGCAUCGUGGUGAUCGGGAUCGUUUACAAGUGUUUCGAGGUGGUUAUGAACUAUGUGCUUAAGAAUAAUCUAGCGAAGAAAACGCUGAUCGAUAAACGCUUUUUGAUAUAAAAUAGGGCACAUUGAAAGUAAAUUUCAAUUAAGUUUCUCAGCAGAACAAUAAUAAAGAUAUUCAUCAGUGAUUUUACAAAAUGA